AUGAGUACUGAAGAAAAUUGGAUCAUCGAGGAAGAUGCCGAGGGACAGCAGACUCCAACUGCGCAGAUGGCGCAAUGGGAUACGGCAAGAACAGAGAAUAGCAACACCAGCAGCAAUGAAGCGUCAAACAGUGCAUAUGCGGCACGUGUUUCGGGUUCAGAAGGGCCUCGCAGUCUCCACAUGUCUUUCGGCGUCUCGAGUACCGCAUCUAGUGAUGCAAGCGAAGGGGUUUACGGCCCUAAUUUGAGGAUUCUUGUUCUGAACGCUUAUCUUGUGCCGCCGUCUAUAACGUGGAACCCUUACCUGUGGGCUCCCUUCUGGUCGUGCAAACGGCCUUACCAGCGGGCAGAAGACGUCGGCCACCUUGCCGCUCAAUAUGACAUUGCCUGCCUCCAGGAAGUGUGGGGAACGAAUAUGGCAGCUAUGAACGCGCACGUUCUUCCGACUCAUAGUAUUCUUCCACAAACUCAAUCGGGAAGCAGGUUCCCUUGCGUCGGCGAAAUGAUUGACCCACUGCAGUUCUACUGGAAGAAGACGGGAGGUCUCUGGUUUGCCUGGCGUCGAAGCAAGUGUGCCUUUAUAAGCAUGGCCAGCCAUUACUUUCCCUCUGGCAGUCAGAUGCCUUUCUCCAACCAGAACGUGACGGCUGUCGAGCUCGACGUCAGUCCUGUGUUCCCAAAGCACCGGAUUAUUGUCUUAAAUACCCACUUCUCGAUCCUCGGAGUCAAAUCUCGACGAGUCAAUCUCGAGUCUUACACGUAUUUCACUCAAGAAACCUUCACGGAGAAAAAGAAGAAGCAUUCGGUAUUACGGAAGGGAAACUCCUUGUAUCCUUGGCCCUUCAAAGGGCGCGUGGACUACAUGUUCGCUGUAGAUGAAGUGCGGCUGUCAUCACAGGAGGUUUUGGAUCUCGUUGAAAACUUUCCUCCCGAAGUCGUUAUUGGUGACGAUUACGAGGAGAUGGAUAUCCCAGUUCUCAAAGAUGGCUCGUUGGUCAUUUUGUUCAAGAAAAUCUACUGUCUAGGCAUGGACAUUGUCGCGCAGCGACAAGGUUUUGAGUUGUCUGACCACUGGCCGCUAAGGGCGGGUAGGUCUGACAGCAAGGUUCCGACAACAGAUCGGAACUUCAAGGGUGCCGACCAAUCGAGGCAGCGGCGCGUGACGGCUAUGAGAGACUUCGAAAUUGGUCCAGCAGACCGGGCUCGCCUUGUUCAGGAGUUUGGCUAUAAAGGACGCCUAACGGUUGGUAGACAGCGCCCGACUCAUGCUGCCGGGCAACGCCCAUCCACCACUGCACCGUCGGAAUGGAAGGCCAGGACCGUGGCAGGCACCGUGACGACGGAAGAAACUGUUGAAUCGGAUGAAGAGGAAAAGCAGAGAUGGAAAAUUGCGGAGCAUGACCCCCAAUCUGCCGUGCCCCCUGACGCUGAGGACACACAAACUGAGGAGGUGCCUCUGCGCUCGGCGCUUCCUGAAAGCAGGUUUCCUGCUGAAGAUGAGAAUAUCGCCACACCAGAGGUGGUCCACCGACCCGCACGAGUGCCUCUCGCUAUGAAGCGCGCCCAGGAAGUGCAGCAGGCUCGGGCCAAGGCGAUGGGCGAGUACAACCAACAACCACUCCGCAGGUCGUGA